CUGCCUCUGCUUGGUGGCGGCGGCCGCCGUGGUGGGGCUGUCGGGGGCCAACCGGAAUUGCCCGGACCUCGUGGUUGACAGCUGCCUUUGCACCGCCGAACGCUCCAAGGGACCCGGCCGGCAAACGGUCCGCAUCAAAGUUGUCUGUAGCGGAGGAGAGUUGGUGGAAACUUUGCAGCCUUCCUUGCUGCCCAACCGCACCGUGUCCCUAAUUCUGAGUAAUAACAAGAUCUUGUGGUUAAAGAACAACUCUUUCACUGGACUUAGAUCCCUGGAGAGAUUAGAUCUGAAGAAUAACUUGAUUAGUACUAUUGAGCCUGGGGCCUUCUUUGGACUUUCAGAACUGAAGCGUCUGGAUCUUUCUAAUAAUAGAAUUGGAUGUUUAACACCUGAAGUCUUCAUUGGCCUUAAAAACCUUCAUAAAUUGAAUUUAUCAGGGAACAUUUUUUCAAGUCUCAUGAAUGGAGUUUUCUCUGAGCUGUUAGCUCUGAAAGCCUUACAUUUCUAUACUGAUUCUCUCAUCUGUGACUGUAAUCUCAAAUGGGUCUUACACUGGUCUAGAAAUGUCUCAGUACGGAUAUCAGAAGAAACGAUUUGUGUUUUCCCAAGGAGUUUACGAGGAACACCAUUUCGGAACCUGAAAGAAAAUCAGAUGACAUGUGCUGCACCUUUGGAGCUGCCCCUGUUUGAAUUGAUACCAUCACAGAGGCAGGUUGUUUUUCAUGGGGACCGUUUGCCAUUUCAAUGUACAGCUACAUAUCUGGAUAAUACUACAGAACUGCAUUGGUACCAUGAUGGUCACCUAAUUGAAACUGAUGAUGAAAGUGGCAUAUUUGUGGAAGACAGCCUAACACAUGAUUGCUGUUUAAUUACACGUGAGCUUAUCUUGUCCAGCAUCGAUACUGAUGCAACAGGAAUGUGGGAGUGUAUGGUCAGCAACUCCUAUGGGAACAUAUCUAAGCAGGUAGAAAUUGUUGUACUGGAAACAGCUGCGCCUUAUUGUCCUGCUGAAAGAAUAAUUAACAAUAAAGGAGAUUUCAGAUGGCCAAAAACUCUGGCUGGUAUAACUGCUUACCAUCCAUGUCUUCGGUAUACACUAAAUUCAGCUUCCCUUCUGAAUGAAGCAGAAGAAUCAAAAGCAUGGCGUAAGUGUAACCGCACAGGUCAAUGGGCUGAAGAAAGUUAUUCUGCGUGUCCUUACUCACAAGAAGCAACACAAGUCCUUCAUGCCUUUAGUCAGAUGCAUCUUAAUGCCACCAAUGCACUUGAAUUUUCUCAUCAGCUUGCAACCUAUACAAGGGAUGCUGCUGGCUUUGCAGAUAAGAUGGAUAUUAUCUAUUUGGCAUACAUGCUGGAAAAGCUGAUGGUGUACUUGGAUGAAACAAAAGAUCUUGCAGAUGCUGUAGUUGAGAUUGCCAGCAAUAUAAUGCUAGUAAAUGACCAUGUAUUAUGGAUGGCACAGAAGGAAGAUAAAGCUUGUACUAAGAUUGUACAGUGCUUGGAGCACAUUGCAAAUCAAACUCUGACCACCAAUACACUAGUCAUAUCAAAGGUUUCCCUUAAUAUUGCUCUGGAGGCUUUUAUGAUCAAGCCAUCUAACUUCAUGGGGAUGACCUGCAUUGCCUUCCAGAAAAUAUCCACAAAGUCAGACAGGUCACUGAGCCGCGAUAUGGGGAACAGAGAGACAGACCAAAAUUUGAAUUUUAAGUGUAAUGCUGGCAGUCCCAGUGCCUCUUUGGAGAACUUCUCUUCAAUGAAUGCUGUGGCAGUAGCUUCAGUACAUUUGCCACGGUCUGUCUUCUCUUCGUCUUCAGCCUGGCAAUCUGUUGAUAACUCCUCUUGCAAGCUCCAGUUUAUUGCCUUUCGGAAUGGAAAACUCUUCCCAAGCACUGCAAACUCGUCUCACCUUGCAGAUUACGGGAAGCACCGGACUGUUGGCACACCAGUUAUCUUCAUUAAAAUAGAUGGGUGCAGUAUUGGAAAACUCGCCAGUCCUCUUACUAUAGCAUUGAAGCACUUUACACAGGGUAUAAACCCCAUUGCAGUCUUUUGGGAUUUUGACCUUCUAGAUGGACAUGGAGACUGGUGGGGAGAAGGGUGCCACAUAAUUAGCUCUGCAGAUAAUACUACCACUCUUCAUAGUACUCACUUCGGUAACUUUGCAGUGCUAAUGGAUCAGAAGACAGUGUGGCCCCUCUCCCAGUAUCCUGGGGAGUUCCUGCACCCUGUGGUCUAUGCAUGUACAGCUGUCAUGCUGCUGUGCCUUUUUGCUUCAAUUAUCACCUAUAUUGUGCAUCACAGCACCAUUCGAAUCAGCAGGAAAGGCUGGCACAUGCUUCUCAACUUCUGCUUCCAUACUGCGCUCACGUUUGCUGUGUUCGCUGGUGGAAUAAAUCGUGUAAAAUAUCCAAUUAUCUGUCAAGCGGUCGGAAUAGUCCUGCAUUAUUCGACACUUGCUACUGUGCUAUGGAUUGGGGUGACUGCAAGAAACAUUUAUAAGCAAGUCACAAAAAAGCCUCAAAGUUCCCAAAAUAGUGACCAGCCUUCUUAUCCAAAACAGCCAUUGCUCAGGUUUUAUUUGAUUAGUGGAGGAGUUCCCUUUAUUAUCUGUGGAAUUACAGCAGCAACCAACAUUAAUAAUUAUGGGAUAAAAAGCUACGCUGGAGCCCAAUUCUGUUGGAUGGCGUGGGAGCCAAGUCUCGGGGCAUUUUAUGGACCAGUGGCAUUUAUUGUCUUGGUCACCUGUGUUUAUUUCCUCUGCACGUAUGUGCAACUGAGGCGCCAUCCAGAACGCAAAUAUGAACUGAAGGAAAGGACAGAAGAUCAGCAGAGGCUGGCAAGUCCCGAGGUUGGCCAUAGCCACAUUACAGACACUGGAUCCAUCUCCCAGGCUACAUGCUCAAUGAUCUCUUCUUCCCUGUUGGAAAAUGAACACUCCUUUAAGGCUCAGCUUCGAGCUGCUGCAUUCACUUUGUUCCUUUUUGCUGCCACUUGGACCUUUGGUGCACUUGCUGUUUCCCAGGGACAUUUCUUGGAUAUGAUCUUCAGCUGCCUCUACGGAGCCUUUUGUGUGACCUUGGGGCUCUUUAUCCUCAUCCAUCACUGUGCAAAGCGAGAUGAUGUGUGGCAUUGCUGGUGGUCCUGCUGCCCAUCUAGAAGAAACACGUACUCAGUACAAGUUAAUGUCCGGCCAAAGGUGAAUGUCAACGGGGAGAGCCAGCUCCAUGCCCCAUGUCUUCAGGAAUCACCCUGUCCGAGUAAAUCGGCUGUUUAUAACCACCCAGCUGCUAGUCACUGCAAACUGACAAAUCUUCAGGCUGUUCAAAACCAUGUCAACUGCCUUUCCCCAGUCACACCGUGCUGUGCAAAAAUGCACUGCGAUCAGCUCCUGGAAGACGAAGCUCAUAUUCAUGUACACGAUGAGGGGGCUUUCAGGCCUAACAUGCACAUUCACAGAUGUCUGAAAAGCAGAACUAAGCCCCGAUACUUCAGCCGACACCGGUCUGCGGGAGAAAGAGAGUAUGCCUACCAUAUUCCUUCCAGUAUUGAUGGCAGCAUCCACAGCUCCCACACAGACAGCCCACACAGUACACACGACAGUCAGUCGGUCCACCGGCGGCCAUGUUGUGCAAAAAGCGAUCCCUAUCCGACCAUCAGUCAGCCAGAAAGCAGUGAUGCAAGUACUGUAAUCUACAGUUGUGCUAAAGUACCAGAAAGCGAGACAGUGCACCAUGCAGCUCAUUUUGAGAUGCAUCCGCGGACACAGUCCCUACCCUUUAGCACAACCAGCCACAAUGGGAUUCUAAAGGGCAAUCUGCAUGAAGCCAUGAUCUACAGUUCAGAUAGUACGGGGAACAUCAAAACGGGCCCUUGGAAGAAUGAGACUACUGUGUAGUUGGUAGGCUGCACUUCUCCUGUUCCAUUUCAGAUCCAUCUUAAGACUGCAAGCCUAUACACCCUUUACCUGAGAGUACACCCACUAGAAUUCAGUGGGGCUUACUUGUGAGUAGGCACGCAUAGGACUGCGCCAUUGAUUUUUAGUUUCCCUUAUUAAGAUUCUACAUGUUCAUGUAGCACAUCGGUAAAUUGUACAGGUUUUGAACCAAUUGCUUUCUUAAUAAGAGGCUUUUUAAAAAAAAAAAAAGCAUAGGCGGUCUCAAAAAUAUUUUUUUAAAAAAUUUAUGGAACAUGGCUAGGGGUGAGGAAUGGAAAAGUAAACCUUGGAAGCAGAAUAUGAGGCAAUAUACUUUUGUUUCAACACACUAUUUUCCAAGCUUCUGCAUUAACAUCAGAUAGUUCUUGACACAUAAUAGCAUCACAGCCUUUCUUUGGUUUUUACAAGUGUGGUGGUGUUCCAUUGUUUUUUCAUGUUCUAGUAGCAGAAGGAGGGUUUCAUAAACAGACUUAAUACAGCUUUUCAGACCUACAAAAGUGAUACUGCCUCUAAAGACCUUCUGUAGCAUAUGGCCUGUAAAAUCAUAUAGUGUACAGUCGCCGUUAUGUCUCUUUCUGUCAGAGAGAAAUACUAGAUAAUGUCCCUUGUUAACAUCUAUGGUGCUGUAUUGGUUAUUUUUCUUUUUUCUUCUAUGUUUGCAUGACACCCAUCAGGAUAAUACCAUUUGCUAUUUUCUAGUGUUACAUGUGUAAGAUGAAAAAAAAAGCGCUACUGUAAAAGGCUGUGACUAUUCAUGCUGGUAUUAACCUAAAGCAUUUUGAAUUUAUGAAAAAAGGAAAAAAAACCCCACUACUGCACUAGUUUAAGUGGCACAAUCCUUUGUACAAGGUUAUAUGAUAGCUUUAGUAAGGGUCCACUCUAAUGUCUCUACAGAGCAUGCACUAUUCAUUGUAUGUGGCGCUGUGCAGUGUAAUCACAGCUUGUCUCCAUGAGUUCCACUCCUUUGUAAGUAUGCCUUUUGGAACCAAUCUGCAAGCUGUCCUGCCAUCAUCUUUAAAAGAACAACAACGACAAAAAGAAGUACAGUUUUAUCAUUAACUCUUUGAGGACUACAAUUGUUUUGUUAGCAAAUUGCUUUGAGCACAACCAAGCUCAAAUUAAGCCAUUUCAAGCCCCAGUGGUUUUGGAGAGAAAUUAUUAAGCUGUGUAUCUAAUUCUUGCCUUCCUUACUGAAGACUGGGGGACUUGAAAAAGCUUAACUUUGACUGGAGUGAUCCCUCAGUCUAGCUUAGAGCUGCGGGGGAUGAGUAGUUCUUCAUGUAGUAAUGUUGGAUAUAGUGAUAAUAAUACCAAUGUGGUCCUAGUAAUCAGCUAGGGAAAUGCUACAUCACUUUAAGGCUUUCAUUCUAAACAGUCUUGCUAGGGAAUAAGACCCAAAGGGCCUCAUUUCCACAUGAAUAGGACUGCACUGUAAAGGAAUAUAGUCUUUAAAAUAUAUUUAUUUAUUUAUUUAUUCCAUAUUUUAGGUGAAAUGCCCUUCUCUCCCCUGCCUUCCAAUCAUUCACCAAAGCCACUCUGGAGUUUUCUUUCUGCUUCCAUGCAAAUUUGACCUUCAACAGCUGGGACUUUUCACUGAUUUAUUCUGCACAGCUCCAGGACAAUUUAGGGUCAGCAACAUCAUGAGGCUUUGGGCUAAAAGAUUUUUUUAUAGAUAUCCAUAAACAUCUGGACACAAAGCACCAACUCACAGUGAAAAACAGAAUUACAAUAAUACUUCAAAAAUACUAAAAGGUUUUGGGGUAUAACGUAAUGAUGUAAUGUGAAUUGGGCCAUACAGCCAAAACACAAGGGGGAGAGAUAUCUACAGUGAAAAAGAGAGGGGGGAAACAGUAUUUCUGCAACUAAAGAAGAACAAGCACAAUGUUAUAUAGUUAUUAAGAACAAAUUUGUGAACAUAUCGCACAAGCUCAAACAGUCAAUGGCUGAAACCCAUUAGUAAAUCACAAUGGCAGUAGGCCAAUGGAAAUUACAGAGGAAUUGACUCACCAAAUCUCCACUGACUCAACAGGCCUACUCUAGUACUUGCAAUUUUUGUGUUACUUGCAAUUUAGGCCAGUUUUUCCCAACUUAGUGCCUAGACUUGUCUGACUAUAGCGCCUGUCAUCCGCAGCCAGUAGCUGGCAGAGUGUGCGUUAUAAUCUGACACAUCUGGGGUGGGGUGGGGCCAGUCUGGGGAAAGCUGAUGGAGGCAGUUCCCUGGGGGAAGCGCAUUACUUUGUAGGGGGUUGUGUUUGUUUGCUUGUGUUUUUUUGAUUGAAAUCUUUAUAGAGUCAUUAUGUGUUUCUUCUCAGCAUGUUAUGAAUCCCUCCAUUUAAUGAUAUGUAAGAAGCUAUUUCCUUAUAGUGUACAUAACAAAUGAUUAUUGUAAUGGUUGGAAUGGCAUAACCAUGAGUGUCAGAUGAAUGUGUUCUGCAGUGUUUGCAGGUGGGAAUUAGUACUCAAAGGGUUAAUGCUCAGUAUCUGAGUGCAAGGAAUUUCCUUUCUUUUCUGUAUUUUUGUAAAGUUCAAAUAUAUAUUGUAAAUUACGGCAGAUAAUGUAUCCAUUAUGUGUGUAUGCGUGUGUGUGUGUGUGCGCGUUUGUGUGUAUGUGUGUGGUGUAUGUCUUUCAAAGGUGAACAAAGCAGAAUGCACUAGGUGGAUGUUGAAAAUGCAGCAGUAUUCAGCGUUUUCAUGAUUGCUUCUUUUAGAUGAUGCAAAAAGGAGGGGGGAAACCUUAAGCUUUAUUAUGUAUAUGCUGUAUAUGCUUGAAUUGUCUCAGAACUAAAAUACAGUAUUUUGCAUUGUGUGCAUAAUAUAUUUUCUUUUUCAUCAUUAUUUUUUCAUGUAUGCGUUGCCCAUUCCAUAACAUCAGUGCAUCUAUAUAAGCAUAGAUACAAUGUUAAAUGCCACAUCUCUGUAUCUCAGUGACAUUUAUAAUACUCUGUAAUAGCUAAGUCCUAGAAGGUCUCUAGAAUUAUGCAAAAUAGUCCACACACACUGAGGUCCAGGUCAAAUAGUCACGUUUCAAGAAUACACUCCUAGAAGUUCCCCAGCUUGUGUUUCUAUUGCCAGUGUUGUUCUGUCUGAUAACAACAAAGAUAACUAAAAGGGUGCUGCUUUCCACAGAAGAUCCGCUAUCAUAAAACCUCUCUUGAAAACUAAUGUUCAGUAUUGAUACAUCUUUGGUAUUGUAUCUGAAUAUGAAGUUAGCAAAUAUUUCUGGGCUCAUUUGGAAAAAAAAUGUUAUGCAAUAAUCUGUUCGCAGUUCUUUUUUUUU